GUUUCCCGACCCCAAGGAGACUGCAGCAUCUCAGGGCACACGCUCCUCCACCCGCGGCCUCCGCGGCGUGCGCUCUCCCAGCACCCCGCACGGUGAGGCCGUCUCCAACGCAGGAAACAGGUGGGCUGGUGGGCAGGACAAGCCCCCUCCCGCCAGGUCCUCAUGAGCAUCGCCGCACGUAUCUAUAUGCGAGCCGCCGCGCCCCCUGCGCCUCGCCGGUAACUUUUUUGCCAGGCUUCGCGCCGCCCGCCGCCACCGAGGGACCACCCAGAGUGGGGGGCUCAGGGUGGCAAACUUUCUGCCCAGAUGGGCCAAGGCGGCAGCUUCGUCCUUCCUUUAUCUUCAACAUCACGUCCGCAGCUCCAUCCUCCCUCGGGCGCGCCACGCGCAGCGGGGGGCGGUGCGGCGGAGCCCUGCGCUCGUUCCGGCAGCGGGCGCCGCUCCGCUUCGGCCCGCCCCGCUUCGGAGAGAGGGCGGCAGGCUCCGGCGGGCUCUACUGCUGCUGCUGCCGGCGCGGCUGUUCCCGUCGCAGGAGGAGAAGGAUGGAGCCGGGCAAGGAGCCCCGGGUGACCACAGGGGAGAAGCCCAGCGAACCUGAGCCGGCGGUUUCCUUCCAGGCCCGGCUGUGGAAGAACCUGCAGCUGGGGGGCAAGGGCCGGAGCGGCGGCGGGCGGGCAGCAACCGAACGCCGCACUGCGGAGCCCCUCGCCCCGCCGCCGCCGACCGGCGGCAAGGGGGACCUCCCGCCCGGCGCAAAGUGGAGCGGCUUCAAGCGGCGGCGGCAAGUGCUAGACCGCGUCUUUUCGUCCUCCCAGCCCAACCUAUGCUGCUCGGCCGCCGAGCCGCUGGAGCCGGCCGGCGAGUCCGGCUCCGCCCUGCGCCGCCUGCGGGAGCACCUGCUGCCCCAGGGCAAGGGGCCGCCGCCUGGCCGCCGCCCGGAGCCUGCCGCAGGCUGUCAGGGGCCGGAGGGUGGCAGGGAGGGGCGCCGGCCCGGGGCGCACCUGUCCCACCAGAAGAGCUCCUCGCUGCCCAGCACCGCCUGCCUGGAGCAACUGCUGCAGGGCUCGACCGCCGCCGGCAGGAUCCGGGAGCAGCGGGCGGAGGACGGCGACAGCGGCGCGAGAACAAGUUCAUUUGGAGCUAGUAAUGCAGAUUUCCCCCCUGGGGACCCUGGAAUGUACCAGUUGAAUGUUACUCUAAGAAGAGGACAGAAUCUAGCUGCACGGGACCGUGGAGGAACGAGUGAUCCAUAUGUCAAGUUCAAACUUGGAGGAAAAGAAGUAUUUAGAAGUAAAACAGUACAUAAGAACCUCAAUCCUGUGUGGGAAGAAAAAGCUUCCAUUCUUAUAGAUAACCUAAGAGAACCAUUGUAUAUAAAGGUAUUUGAUUAUGACUUUGGACUUCAAGAUGACUUCAUUGGUUCAGCCUUUUUGGAUCUCACUUCAUUGGAAUUAAACAGGCAAACAGAUGUUACCUUGAGUCUGAAGGAUCCUCAUUACCCUGACCAUGAUCUGGGAAGUAUAAUCUUAUCAGUUCUGUUGGCUCCAGGAGACCAACAAGAAGCGACAAUGCUAAUGAGGAAGAGUUGGAAAAGAUCAAGUAAGUUUCAGACCCAGAGCUUACGUCUCUCAGACCUGCACAGAAAGUCUCAGUUAUGGAGGGGGAUAGUUAGUGUUACCUUAAUAGAAGGUCGUGAACUUAAGGCGAUGGAUGCAAAUGGGCUCAGUGAUCCUUACGUGAAGUUUCGUUUGGGGCAUCAGAAGUACAAGAGCAAGAUUGUUCCAAAAACUUUGAAUCCUCAGUGGAGGGAGCAGUUUGACUUUCAUCUCUAUGAAGAACGAGGUGGAAUUAUUGAUAUUACCGUCUGGGACAAAGACGUUGGCAAAAGGGAUGAUUUCAUUGGCAGGUGCCAGGUUGACCUGUCGACCCUGAGUAAAGAACAAACCCACAAGCUGGAGAUGCCGCUAGAGGAGGGAGAGGGAUACCUGGUAUUGCUGGUCACUCUCACAGCCUCAGCUGCAGUCACUAUCUCUGACCUCUCCAUCAACUCCCUGGAGGACCAGAAGGAGCGAGAGGAGAUACUGAAGAGAUAUAGUCCAAUGAUGAUGUUCCAUAACAUCAGCGAUGUGGGAUUUCUUCAGGUGAAGGUCAUCAGGGCAGAAGCAUUGAUGGCAGCUGAUGUCACAGGUAAAAGUGACCCGUUUUGUGUAGUUGAAUUGAACAAUGACAGACUGCUGACACAUACUGUCUACAGGAACCUCAAUCCAGAAUGGAACAAAAUCUUCACAUUCAAUAUAAAGGACAUCCACUCGGUGCUUGAAGUGACAGUUUACGACGAAGACCGCGAUCGAAGUGCUGACUUUCUAGGCAAAGUUGCUAUACCAUUGCUGUCUAUUCAAAAUGGUGAACAGAAAGCCUACGUCUUGAAAAACAAGCAGCUGACAGGGCCAACAAAGGGGGUCAUCUAUCUUGAAAUAGAUGUGAUUUUUAAUGCUGUGAAAGCCAGCAUACGAACUUUAAUGCCAAAAGAACAGAAGUACAUUGAAGAGGAAGACAGACUGUCUAAACAGCUACUGUUAAGGAACUUUAUCCGGAUGAAGCAUUGUAUCAUGGCGCUUGUUACUGCUGUGUGCUAUAUUAGCAGUUGUUUUGACUGGGAUUCUCCACCAAGAAGUCUAGCUGCUUUUUUGGAAUUCUCUUUCUUUGGAUAUCAUAGUCUACCAGUAUGCUGAAGUUGUGUUUCAAUAACUCUUUUCUUCUUCUCUACUAAUAAUCAUUCACAGUGCACUGGGAGGCUUAAAAAGCCAUCAUUAUAAGCCAACUAUUUUUUACUUUAGUGCACUAUGAGAAAACUCAUUCUGCUCCCUUUUUUUCUGCUUGAGAUGAGAAUAACAAUUUCAUGUUAGUGGUGUGCAGAAGAAAAACAACAGAAAACACCCACCUACUUAAGUAUUCAAAGACUGACAUCACAGUUCAAGUUCUGUAACACUAAAAGUGAUAUAUUCAAGUAUAAAAGUACACCAUAGAAGUAAUUGAAACAAUUGUCUUUCUAUUAAUAGAACCAAAAUUGCUGUUUGUAUGGAGAAAUAAAACUAAACCUAUGUGUAGAUGCAAAAAAAAAAAAAAAAGUGUAUAUAUAUAUACGUACAUACAUACAUACAUAUAAAAUAAAGAAUUUAUUUUUCUUUACUUUCUGACACUGUCUGCUCUGGAAUUGUAUUGAGGAAAAUUAAAGAGAGUAUCCCAUAAUUGAGGUAUAUUCAAUAUAAGGUAUUAUACCUCAGCAAGUUAAAUGUUAUUUCACAAAUAAUGAACACUAUGUAAUAGUAUUGAAUAGUAUUUGUUAAAGUGACAGGAAUGAAUGAAGUGUUAUAAUUAUCUGGUGAGGUUUUGACACUGCCAUUAUUUUUGUAACUUCAUGGGUUGAUCAGUUUUAGAACAUAAGGAGUACAUACAGCUUUUCAAAACAUCUGUUUCUUCAGCAUGUUUUUAUAUUUACUGGUGUUACUUCUCUUUUUUGUUUCAUGAGAUGCCCUCCUUUGUAUUUCUUCUGUUACUUACUUGUGAGGGACUGAUUAAUGUUAGAGUGAAAAUGUCUCAACAUUGGAUUUUAUUCUGAACUGUUGUUCAAAAAUCUGUUGUUUAACAUUAAACGGAAAAGUACUAGAAAAUCUGCACAUGCCUUGGCAGCGACAGCACGUGCACAUGUGCACAGCAAGCACCCGUGACUGGUGCAGCAGGGAGGAGGGUGAAGAGGGGCUCUGUCUCUAGGCAGGCGACUCCCUUGAGGAGUGCAGAGGAUCUCUAUCUCUAGGAGGAUUUCUCCAGGCAGCCUCCUGGGGUGGCGAAAGUCCCUGAAACCUUUGUCACUGGGAGGACUUUUCCAGGCUUCCCCCCCUGAGGGCGGAGAGAACUCCUUCCUGCUGCUAGGGAGAGCUUCUCCAGACGAUCCAAUGAUUUUCUUGGACAGUCAGACUGUGGCAGGUGCUGUGCAGUAUGUAAGAAAUGGAGUGCAUCACCCUGGCCCUGGGCCUUUACAUUUCUUGCCCACUCCUCACCGUCCCUCCUUGCCCAGUCUUUGCUGUCACGAUGCUGCCCUUGCCUUUGGCCCUUGCCUCUUGCCCCUGCUCGUCCAUCUCUAGCUGGUGUCAUCAUCCCUGCUUACUGCCCUGCGGCCCCGCUGCCUGCCGCUGUUUGGCCUGCUACCAUCCUGCCCCUGCCCACCACUGCUGCCCUGCCACUUUUCCUGCUGCUGCUGCACCUCAUUGCCCACUGUCCUGCCUAAACUGUGCAUCACUCCCUGAGCGUCUUGCUGCUCGUCAAAUUGUUCCUUCAUUUCCUUUUGCCUUUUCUAUCUCCAUUAAUAAGGCCAGUUUCCUUCUGUAAAUCAAUAAACUGCCCACAGGUGUAAUAUCGACCUCACUUAUGUCCAAUUUCACCCCUGGAAUCUUAGGAAUCCCCCCUGGUCCUUACUCUGAAAUGGGACAUUAUCUUUUAUAGUGCUCUAUAACAACUUGCUACAGCACUAGUCCUCAUACUGUAAUUUGUAGUCAUUUUACAUAAUGAGUACUUUCCAGAUACAAAUCCACAUUAGACAGCAUGUAUUUAGAGGUUUGAUGAUAAAGAUGUGUGGUAGUGUGGAAGAAAAUGCGGUAACUUAAAAUGGCCUAGUAUUAGAAGCAGUGCUUUCAGAUGCACUGAGGUGUAGCCAUGUCUUGUGUGAUCUGAAGGUGAGGUGAGACUCAUGACAUAGUGUCUCAUGAAGUUUUCAUGUGAGUUUCCAAAUUUAACCACCAGUUAGUUAACUGUAGAUGCAGCAUCAAAACAAAACUCCCAUGACUUCUUAAUGUGGCUUUAUGCAUUCCAAAAUGAUGUAGGAAAAAAAGAAUACCCUAAUAAAGCAAAAGGAGCCCUGUCUGUAAAAUGGAGAGUUGGUUUACUUUCAAUGAGUAAAUGUUAUGUAUUAUUAUUACCUAGGCAAAACAAGUACAAAAUAGUAGACAGAUCUGAUACUUUGUCUCAUUUCUUAACUGUGCAGAGAUGUAAAUAAUAAUUGAGGCACUGAGGAAUGAAACCUCAUCCCAUUGCUGAAUAAUAUAUGUGGCCCACAGGACCUAUGUAAAAGGGGUGUAAAUGGAAUUAAAAAAUGUGUGUAGGACAGAUUACUGUGCCAUGUUAUCACACAGUUGUAUCUGAGUGUGUAUACAAAUUAUUUGUGCACUUAAUGUAUGAUUAUCUCUUUAUUUGGAGUUUGUACAUUCGUCUUUCAGUUUGGUAUGUGUUAUUCUUGGUGCUAUGACAUGUUUAUUUCGGUUAUGGUGAUUUCCACAUCACCAGUAUUUAGAAAAAAAAGAACUGUGAACUAAGACACCAAUAUGUCUUUACUGGUAAAAUUACCCUAAGGGUUUUCAAUGACCGAAGAAGACAUUUCGUGCUUUUAAGAUGUGAAGAGAGACUGUAAGAAGGGAUUCUUGACAGUUUUUUGCUUUUGGAUGAACCAUACAGCCUUUAAUGAAGACAACAGCUUUUGUGGGUAUCUCAAAUCUCUGUAGAGACUUUUUCCAGUAACUAAUUUCCUGUUCUGGUUAUACAACAAAAUUCCUUUUUUCUGCUUGAUAUUUAUCAUUGGUUAUUUGAGAAGUGCUAUCUACAGUUAAGAUCUGUCUGUAAUUUCGUCAGUUGCUUUUGACUUUUGUCACUCAUAGAAUUCUGAGGUUGAAACUUCAUUUAGUUGCAUUCAAUGUAGUCAUGUGAUUAAUUUGUUUCUAACACAAAAAUUGUGUCCUUAUCCUAAAAUAUUUGAGACACUAUAUUCCUGUAUGUUGAAAUUUAUCAGGACUUCCAAAAAAGGGCCAAUCAAAUGUUGGUGUUUUGUCUCUUGGUUUCUGCUUGUGCACAUAUGGAAACUUGCACCAGAGGAGGUUUACACUGGAUAUUAGAAAAAUAUCUUCAAGAAAAGGGUUCUCAAACACUGUAACAGGUUGCCCAGGGCAGCGAUGGAGUCACCACCCCUGGAAGUAUGUAAAAGACAUGUAGAUAUGGCACCUAGGUACAUGGUUUUGUGGUGGACUUGGCCAUGCCGGGUUAAUGGUUAGAUAUGAUGAUCUUAAAGGUGACUUAAAUGAUUCAGUGAUGUUACAUUGGCCUGCCUAUGUGUUGUGAAAGACAUGUGAAAUGUAUUUGGUGGUUUUAGCCUGGAUGGAUACAAGGUGCCCACCAAAGAUGCUCCAUCACUGCCCACCACAGCUGGACAGGGGAGAGAAAAUAUAACAAAAGGCUUAAGGGUCAACAUCAUUCAGCAGUUACAGUCACGGGCAAAAGAGAUUCAACUAGGGUCUAAAAUUAGGUGAAUUUAUUGACAAUCAAAAUGGAGUAGGCUAAUGAGAAGUAAAAGCAAAUCUUAAAACACCUUCCCCCUGCCCCUUCUCUUCUCCAUGGGCUCAAAUGGGCUCCACUCCCAUAUUCCUCCUCUAGUGCUGCCCUGGGAUGGGAAUGGGAACUGCGGUCAUUUCAUAACAUGUUGUUUCUGCCACUGCUUUCUCCUUAGGCAGAAGACUCCUCACACUUUUUUCCUGCUCCAGCAUGGGGCCCCUUCUACAGCAGACAGCCCUCCACAAAUUUCUCUAAUGUUAGUGUAUGGGGUUUGCAUGGCCAGAUUUUGGUAGUGGGCAGGCUACAGAGGUGGCUUCUGUGAAAAGCUGCUGGAAGCUAUGGACCCACAGAGAGAGGAGUUUGUGCUGAAGGAGGUUUUGUGGUAGGACUUCUGACCCUGUGAAGGACUCAUGCUGGAGCAGGCCGUGCCUGAAGGACUCUACUCUGUGGAAGAAUGACCCAUGUUGAAGCAGUUUGUGAAGAGCUGGUACCCAUGGGAAGGACUCUCACUGGAGAAGUUUGUGGAGGACUGUCUCCUGUGGGAGGGACCCCAUGCUGGAGCAGGGCGAGGAAUCUUCUCCGGGAGCAGUGGCAGAAGCUGAGAUGAACCAGCUGCAACCACCAUUCCCCAUCUUCCUACACUGCUAGAGGGGAGGAGGUAGAGCUUGGGAAGGAGGGAGGAGUGGGAAAAAGUGUUUUUAAGAUUUAUUCUACUUCUCAUUAUCCUACUCUGAUUUUGUUAGAAAUAAAUUACGUUAAAAUCCCCAA